AUGGACGCUAUGAAUCCUAAUCUCUUGGUGGCGUUAGCUCUCCUUGUCGUACCAGCUCUUUACCUUUUUGUAUUUCCCAAGCGGACUGGCAACCCAAACUCAAAGGAUGACAAACACCAGCCCCUUGAUGGCGGCCGAUCUAAGCCGGCCACCUUGAGAUCGAUACUCAGCGAGUUGAGGAUUUUCCUGCCAUUCCUGCUUCCCAAGGACCGCGGUGUGCAACGAAAGUUGAUAUACUGUUACUUCCUGGUUGGCGUCUGUCUCGCUAUUGACCGAGUUGUCAAGCUGAUUAGCCCGAUGCUGCUCCGGCGCAUUGUCGACGCGCUGAAUUCGGCAGAACCCACGACCCAGCUGCCCUGGGUGGAAAUCGUCUUGUUCGUGCUCUUUCGAAAAAUCGGCACCAAGGUCAUUGGAAGAGUGUCCAGUUCAUAUAGGAGGAGGGCUUUGGACGAGUUGACUGAUACCAUCUCCAUGACCCUGUACAACAAAAUCCUGGACCAAUCUUCCGAAUACCACGAGAGUAAAGAGAUGGGGACUGUGUGGAGAACCGUUUGCGACUCUGGGACCUCGGCAGUUUAUUAUUUCUCACACGUCACCGUCAACCAACUCCCUGUGAUUUUGGACAUAGCCUUGGGCAUUGGGGCAUGCUGGAAAAUCUUCGACGGACGCAUGGCACUUGCCAUGGUCACCAUCAUUGUGCUAUAUGUCGGGUUUUCCGCGGCAAUACCGCCAUGGAACAAGGAGAUGCUCGAAGAAGUCAUCAGACUCAACCAAGAGGCGUCGAAUAUCGGCCUUGAUACAAUAAACAACUGGCAGACCGUCUCUUACUUCAACCGAACCCAGCACGAACGUUCCCGAUAUGGCAAGGCUGUGAAGGCGAGCAGAGAAUCGAACAUCCGGUUUAUGAGGCCUGUGCGAUCGGGGGAUAUCACAAGGCAGCUGGUAGCAAGCAUCGGCGUCGGGGCCGUGUGCCUGCUUGGAUGUUGGCAGAUCCAACACUCGAGCAGGAGCGCUGGCGACUUUGUGCUCCUGUUUCAGUUUUGGGACGACUUGUUCACCCCGCUCGACUUCCUCGUCAACCUACUCCCAAGCACAGAGCGAUAUCUCGCCGAGUCGCAAAAGUUUAUCGAAAUCCUUCAGCUAGAGCCCAAGGUCAAAGACAAGGAGGGCGCAGCCGAGUUCAAGCUAGGGAACGGGUCCAUCAGGUUCGACAACGUCAGCUUCUCCUAUGACGGAAAACGCGAUGCCGUCAAAAAUGUCUCGUUCAAGGCCGAAGGAGGCAAGACCAUCGCCAUUGUCGGCGAGACGGGCGGUGGCAAGUCAACUCUCUUCAAGCUGCUGUGCCGCGCCUACGAUGUCACGGGAGGGUCCAUCAAGAUUGACGGGCAGGAUCUGCGAGACGUGACACUCGAGUCGUUCCGGAAGCACGUCAGCAUCGUCCCGCAGGCCAUCGGCGUCUUCAACACGACAAUUUUGGACAAUCUCCGAUACGCAAACCUCGAGGCCACUCGAGAGGAGGUCGAAGACGCGUGUCGGGCGGCCGCGCUACACAAGCGGAUCUUGGACUUCCCCAAUGGCUACGAGGAAAAGGUCGGCGAGAAAGGUGCCAAGCUCUCGGGAGGCGAGCUCCAACGCAUGGCCAUCGCGCGGGCACUGCUGCGGAAGUCGCAGAUUGUUCUGUUUGACGAAGCUACGAGCAACCUAGAUGCGGAGACCGAGUCCAGGAUCCAGGAAUACCUGAGGAAGUGGUACACGGGCCGGACGGUCGUCGUUGUGGCCCACAGGCUGGCGACCAUUGCCAACGCAGAUCUCAUCAUUUCCUUCAAGGACGGCGUCAUUGUCGAGGCUGGGCGCCACGACGAACUCCUGGCCAAACGAGGCUACUUCCACCUUUUGUGGGAAAAGCAGAGGCUUGCGUGGAAUCCACCCAAAGAGGGAGGCGAAGGCAAGUCGCUGCUGGCUUCUUCUUGA